ACAGUUUGUCAGCAGGGUCACAUGUGUGAGGGUCCGAGCCGCCAUUUUUUACGUUUGUGUACCGGACUGUACCAGAGUCUGAUCUCUGACCUUUACUUGACGAUUCGAGUAUCUGGGUUCUGAUUGGACAAGAAACCAUGUGAAUUUUACUGAUCAAGACCAGAAUUCAGAAGAAGUCAGAAUUCCAGGAAAGAAUUGGACCAGAUCUUUUGAAUGCCAGGACCUGUGGGUUCUGACUGGACAUAACUUCUGGAUAUUGAUUGGAUAGGAGUGCUGAGCUGACAACCUUCAUUGGCUCUGAUUGGACAGAAUCCCUGUUUCUUCUGUUCUCUGAUUGGACUGGACAGGAUACUUGUUGGACGUCUGGUGUCCGAUUGGACAGUACUCCUGUUUUUCCAGUGACUCAAAAAUCCCUAAAUUUGGAUUGGGCCAGAAAAGUAGACUAUCAUUGGAUGGGCUCUUGGGUUUUGAUUGGAUGUAACUCCUGGAUAAUGACUGGACAUGAAUUUCAAGCUCAGUUUGGAUGGGAGUUUUGAGCUGACAGGACCCUUUGGCUCUGAUUGGACAGAAUCCCUUACUCUUCUGAACUCUGAUUGGACUGCACAUGAUGAUUGAGUUCUGAUUAAAAGUGAUCUCAUGACUCUGAUUGGACAGAUUGGGCAGAUUGUAAUUUAAAUUCCUGGACUUGAACCCUGGACUUUUGACUUGGUCAUAACAUUUGGGUUCUGACUAUUUAGAAUUCCUACAUACUAAUCAGACAGGAAUUUUGAUCUCGAAUCUCUGAUUGGACAGUAAGCUUUUUUUCUCAGUGGCUGGAACUUUUGUGUUCUAAAUGGACAUAAUCCCUGGUCUUUAAUUGAAUUUGGACAGAAUCCCUAGUUUCUAAUUGGACCACUUGUUUCUUACUUGCUGAAACAAUUGGGUUGUGAUUGGACAAAAACUCAGGUCCUUGAGUGAAUGUUACCUCUGUUUCCUCAUUGGCCAGAACUUUUUGGGUACUCAAAAAAAAAUUCCUCACAACUGGUGUUGGGUGCGUGUUCAAGAUGACCACAGAACUCCACAGAGACAGACACAGAAGAUCUGGGAGACUUUCCUCUUCCUCAUCUUCAUCAUCUUCAUCUUCUGGUGUCCUCAUGGCUCAGAGAGUCGCCACCGUGAUGCUGACCAGCCAAAGACGCCACACACAGAGGAUGCCGCUGACCAAUCACACGCAGAGAAGACGGCACACAGGUAGUAUUGAACCGAAGGUUGGAACAAUGCCAGAUUCACCAGCUGAUGUCAAAACCCAGCCCAGGUCGACUCCGCCCACAAUGCCACCUCCACCACCUGCUGUGAGCCAGGCAGCCAAUCGUAACGCUUCAUUCACACCUACAACCAUGUUGAACGGCAGCAGUCACUCUCCCACAGCGCUGAAUGGAGCUCCCUCCACUCCCAAUGGUUUCAGUAACGGCCCGGCCAGCUCCUCCACCGGCUCUCUGCCCACCCAGCAGCUGCCCCCGGCCUGUGGAGCGCGGCAGCUCUGCAAACUCAAGCGCUUCCUGACCACGUUGCAGCAGUUCGGCAACGACAUCUCGCCCGAAAUUGGAGAGCGAGUCCGCAGCCUCGUACUCGGCCUGGUGAACUCCACUCUCACUAUAGAAGAAUUCCACUCCAAACUGCAGGAGGCCACCAACUUUCCCCUGCGCCCCUUCGUCAUUCCGUUCCUCAAGGCAAACCUGCCUCUGCUGCAGAGGGAGUUGUUACACUGUGCUCGGAUGGCUAAGCAGACUCCAGCGCAGUAUUUAGCUCAGCACGAGCAGCUGCUCCUGGACGCUAAUGCUAGCUCCCCCCUCGACUCCUCCGAAAUACUGCUGGAGCUCAACGAACACGGCAAGAGACGCACUCCUGACAGGACCAAAGAUGCUGCAGCUGAAAGGGAUGGGCUACACGCAGAGCAUCUGGCGAAGAGGCCGUGUACAGUCAGCCCCAGCCAACGCUUCAGCCCCAGCAGUGGCCUGGCUGCCCACGCGCCCCCUAAUGGCCUGCCUACGCACCCCCCCAACGGCCUGCAUCCGACCCCCCCAGGCCCACAGCAGUACCGACUGGAGGACAUGGCCCUGGCUCAUCAUUACAGAGACGCAUACAGACAUGUGGAGCACAGGGAGGCCAGAGAGCGCCACCGCCAGACAGCUGUGCAUGGGGCACGUCAGGAGGAGGUGAUCGAUCACCGGCUGACUGACCGCGAGUGGGCCGAGGAGUGGAAGCACCUGGAUAACUUGUUGAAUUGUAUCAUGGACAUGGUGGAGAAGACGCGGCGCUCGCUGACUGUCCUGCGGCGUUGUCAGGAGGCAGACCGCGAGGAGAUGAACCACUGGAUCCGGCGCUACAGCGAUGUGGAGGAUAUGAAAAAAGGUGGGGGCUCCGCCCAGCGGCCGCUCCAUCAUCAACACAAGCCUUCAUCCCCCCCCAACAGCACUAACGGCAGCGAGCCUCAGCACAUAGAUAUACAUCGGGACUUUCUGCAUCGGCCCCCAUCUGGAUACCUUCCUGAAGAGAUCUGGAGGAAAGCAGGUGCCCCCAGCAUCCCGCUCUCCCCAGCACUAAAGCAGCUCCACAGCAAGCAGGAGGAGGCAGUGAACGAGGUAAAGAGGCAGGCCAUGUCGGAGCUGCAGAAGGCCGUGGGCGAGGCAGAGAGGAAAGCUCAUGAGAUGAUUUCGGCUGAACGCUCAAAGAUGGAGAGAGCACUGGCCGAAGCAAAGAGACAGGCUUCAGAGGAUGCACUGUCCGUCAUUAACCAGCAGGAGGAUUCAAGUGAGAGUUGCUGGAACUGUGGCCGCAAGGCAAGUGAGACUUGCAGCGGCUGCAACACGGCGCGCUACUGCGGCUCCUUCUGCCAGCACAAGGAUUGGGAGAAGCACCACCACGUGUGCGGCCAGGGCCUGCAGGGUCUGCCCGGAAGCAGCAGCGGAGUCCCUCUGGGGGCGGGGACACCAUCCUCUUCAUCCACAUCCAAUUCCUCCUCCUCUUCCUCCUCCAGCAUCCCACCCACGCACUCUGAAAGCAACCCGCCCGGACCCCUGAGCCUGGCUGGAGCAGCAAGCAGCCCGAAGGACGCCGGCUCUGGCUCCAGCAGUGCCUCGCGCUCCACCACCCCCGCCACGCCAGCUCUGCUGGACUCCUCAUCGCGCUGACACCUGCGACCCCACCCCUUUUCGGAAUGGGCACACAAACAAUACACACAAAAACCCACACCUGCUGCUGCUGCUUCUUGUGCACCCUCUCUGCUCCAAAAAACAAGCUGGGGAAAAAUCUCUGCUAGUGGGGCUUUUCCGUUGUUUGGAACUCCGGAAUGAUAAAGACUGUAAAAAGGACAACUCCCUGUAUCCCAGCCAUCUCUAUUCAGUCACAGACAAUAUAAACAUACAAUAUUGGAAGGGUUUAAGUUAACAAAGGCCAUAGGAUGCUUGGAUACGAUUCCGAUCUGCAUAAAAAUUCUGUCUUAUUAUAAAUAAGGCACGUUACAUUUGAUAAGUAGAUUGAUCAGUAACUUUAGGCUUGGCUAUGCUAAUAAGUGGCCUCAAUAGUUUAAGCCCAGUGUGCAUGAAGGAGGCAUCCUGGAAUCUCCUGACUGGGACAUUUUGUUUUCUUUCCGAGACUGUAACAGGAGUCAAAACUCCUUCAUUUUUAUUUUUGUGGAGGGGCAGUAGACACCUCCCUCAGUCCACAUCUGGAAUUACAGCGCUCCUGUCCGCACACAGUUCUAAAAUAUUUCUUUCAGCUGGUUUGUUUUUGGCUUUAAUGACAUAUAAAGAAAAGUCCAAAAAAAUUAUAAAUAAUCCAAAAUAAAUAAUAAACAAAUAAUAAUAAAUAAUAAUACAAUUUUAAAAAGCUUAAAGACCAGAUAACUACCUUGCUAGCGAGCCAAGAAAAACCUACACCGGACUCACCUCUCUGUUGUGACGCGAACCCAAAAGAAUUGUACGUAAAAAAAAAAAAAAAAAAACGAUCCAAACCUUUUUAAAUACACUGCCAAAGUUAACCAAGAGUCAAGGAGAAGCACUCGUCUCGUAACCAAACGCAAACGACUUCACCUCCUUCACCCUGAGGAUGGUUUCUGUGGGAAAAAUGAUGAGCGAAAAGGAGCGGCUCCCUGUAAACCUCCUCAACCCACCCCAAGAACCCCAACCCACCCCAAGAACCCCAACCCACCCUAACGAACUGACUCGCUCAAAUAAAAAGGCUAUAGACAGGCAAGCGAACUGGACGAGAUGGCGGGACAAACAACAAAGAAGUGGAAAUAGAAAAGGAGAAAGACAAAAACGCACUCUUGACCUCUCUCGAAGGAAAAGAUGAAUGGCAUUGGGAACUGCCAAAAAAAAAAAAAAAGACUGUCUGUGCAAGGAUUGUACACAAGCUUUUUUCAGAAGCAGUUGUACUUCCUUUUUUCUAAAAAAAAAAAAAAAAAGGCAAGAAAAGGGACAUGGACAAAAUACUUUUUUUGCAUUGAGUCGUUCUCAUCAUUUCACCCACCUGUCUUUUGUUCCUCCAAAGCAUGACAAGCAGACUAACUAAUGCGCCUCAUGAAGGCAGUGUAGACUUGGUUCUCUUCUCUUUUCUAUCUAUCUAUUUAUUUAUCUCCGUCUCUAUCUUCUUCCCUUCUACAUCCUCCUUUGUCUUUUCUUCCUUCUCUCCUGCUGUGAAGCCCUGUCCCCUCCCCUCUCAGCAACAGAAAAAUGAGCAGAUAUGUAAGAAGGGAUCAAACAUGUAGAUAUUUCCUCUGUUCUUUUCUUUUCUUGGUUCUGUUUCUCUACAUCUCUGUCUCUGAUGUCUGUCUGCGCUGCCCUUGUGUGUGAAAAGGAAAAAUUGACUUUUAUUUUAUUUUAUCUUUUUUUGUUCGGGCUGAAAAAAGAAAAGAAAAGAAAAGAAAAGAAAGGACGCUCGGAGGGGAGAAAGGUUGUGCUGUACCUUAUUGUUGGAUUUGUUGGGUGUCAUGAGAAAUCCUCAUGUAGAGUAUUUUAUAUGUGGCUCGCAUUGUGAGACAGCGAGAGGACGGAGGUGCAAUAUAGAGAAGAGAAUUCAGCUACUGAAUGGAACCUCAGAAACCACCCUUAGGGUAACCUUAUAUUAUAAAUAUACAUAUAAAUAUAUUUAAAAUAACAACAGUAACUUAAUGUGAAUGUAUAUAGUAUUUAAACAAACAAACAAAAAAAGAAAAAAAAGAAAAAGAGGUCCAAAAAAUGUGUUUGCCAAAUAACAGAAACCUUUAAAGUAUAACGUCUAGAAUUUUCUAGAAAGUUCUCUCCACUCUUUUCCUUCCGAAUCAAAAGCAGUUGUAAUUACUCAUUCACACUCAUUCACAUCUGCGUUUAACCCCCAUGUAUUUAACUCUGUAUAGUAUGUAAUCUAUAGUCGUAGGUAAAAGGGGGGAGGAUAUGGGAGUGAUUUUCUCAUCACCGCUCGUAUAGAUUACUGCUAGAGGGCUUCACUUUGACUGAUUCUCUGAAACCUCCACACACUCUUUUCCCCUUUAGGAAGAGAGCAGCGAUGCGGUUUGAAGUGUGUAAUGCAGCCUGCCUACUAACUAGAGUGGUGAUGACAGUUUUUCAGAAGCUGAGAGAGCAAAGGAGCUGGGAUUGUCACACAGAUCUAAGAAGUGACCCUGAUCUACUGAAUACAAUAUCACCAAAUCGACGCACCAAUUUUUGGGAUAUGCUUUAAAUGGGCAUUAAAAGAUAAAUGAAAAGAAAACACAUUGGAAAAAAAACACAAAUAUUUGGGUAUCUCUUGUGAAUUUCUAAAAAUCCCAAAAACUCUGUUAGCAUUAGAUCCCCCAGCAUCAUUCCAACAAAUUCUUCCUCUAACCUGCAGAUUCAGUAGCUAGCCCUCUUUUCUGAGGCGGUGGAGUGCCCAAUGGCACAAUCAAAUGUGAAAAACACACUUGAUAAGGUUUAAGAGUGUGUGGAGUGAAGUCAAAAAGGGUCUGAGUGAAAUCCUCACACUAGCAAAGCACUAGCAAAAGGCCAUGCCGUUCCUGAGGGCUCUCCAAUGUGACAAAAGCCCUCAAAAGUGAAGUGAAGUGACCAGUCGCUGUGUAUCCUUUCAUCAUUUUGGUCACCCGAACGAACAACCAAAAGCACUCCAGCUUUACAGUGAAGGGUUCCCGCCUGCAAAUGUCAAACCGAACAGGCGAAACGUGUUGUGCACUCGAAACGUCUCGUACACAUGCCGUACCUCCGAUAUGGACCAAAACUUGAACGUUUUAUUGUUUAUUGUGUCAUUGUUGUAGAGCUUUUGAUGUUUUGAUUGACAGCUCCAUUAAUUUAUCACAUAUUUGCAUAUUUGAAUGAUCUAUUUUCUUAUUUCAUAAUCUAAAUUAAUAUAUUCAAGUCAUUUUUUUUAGCCAUGUAGUUCUCUGUUGCCUGCUUACAGUGUGUAUACAAGCAGAUGAUCUGAACUGAGGUACAGUAUGUAGUUCUCUCUCUCGCCUGACAGUCCGUUUUAUUUGUUGGGAUGUUUUUGGGGGCCGAACCUCUUUGGCCCUUAUUUCUCCUCUCUCCUCACCCUCUCCUUCUCUCUUCCUCACUAGCUACCUCCUAUUUAAGAGUGUGAGAGCACCACCUAAGCUCAGAAAACCAUUAGCAGACAUGCAAACCUGAACCAACCAUCACCCAGCUUUAGUUACGCCGUCACGUUUGAGUUAAUGUCUGUUACUUUUUUUAUAUUCUUUUUUAUAAAUAAAAGAUUAUUGAGAUGCACGAGUGUGAAGAACCUUAACAAGCUUCAUGUAAAUUGAAGGUUCUAAGUCAGUUUAAGUAUACUCUUUUUUGAGAAAAGAAUAAUUAAGAACCAUUAUUUUUAAAAUGAAGACUGACUAUGGGUAGACUCAUAUUUUCGCUCUCAGAAUAGAUAAUAAGAAUUACGCACAGUGUUAUAUUCUGUGCUACAUAUAACACAGGCAGUGUGUUUUUACAUUAUUCACCUGAGAUCCGUUUAAAACCCUCACAAAUUAACUUCCUAAAUGCAUAUAAUUCAUUAAUGUGUACUGUUUAAACAAAUGUCAUAUGUAAGUAUAAUAAAAAAUAUACUAUAAACAGUCUAAAAUACAGUGGAUUUGGUGAGAAAAGAUUUGGGCUACUUUACCUGUUGUGUGAACGUAGCCUUAGUUAAAAAAGUAAAAACACAUCAACACAUUAUUUUAGGUUAAGUUUGGAUUUAGACCAAUCUAACCUUGCUUUUUUUCAUGUUCCGUUAUAAAUAACACAUAAACAUAUCAGUUCUGUCUUUAUUUAAACAUGUAUUGCAGCUCAACACAUCUCAUAGUUAAAAUAACCAAAAGCACAGACCAAAGCAUCUCUGCACGCUGGUGGAUCCUGAAGCAGCGUUAAUAUUUCGGACUUUGCGUGAACUGUGAACCAAAGUGUCGGGAACAAACCACACGUAUGAAGCACAAGCACCAAACCACAAGUAGGAGAGAAGAGAUUUGUAGCUUAUAGAAAUAAAAAAAUGAAAGUGUUGCUUGUUUCUGCAAAUCCAAAGCAUCUGAUAACUCUACUACAGGCGUCUGAGGCCAAGCUAGCUCAAGGAUGUAAGAGAUAUUAUUGUGAGAGCGAAUGAGUUAGUGUGUGAAGAACGAGAGGGCAUGAAUGUGUGCUUGAGAGAUAGAGGCUUUCUAUUCAUAAUCUUUGCUGUACAAACUACUUGAAUCUCCAGAGCUUUAAUAGAACACCCACAAGCAAAAUUAAGGCAGAGAAAUGAUAUGCAUGCACUUCUCUUCCUCCCGUCUUACUUUAUCUAGGCUUUGCAUGUCUGCUUAGCUCAUCACAUUUAUUUCAUAUACACGUGCGCGCUGCUGUAUAUGAUCUAAUUUGUGUUUCCAACCAAAGCUGAACCAAAAAAGAGGUGGGGAGAAAAUAAUACUAACACACUAAUGCAUCUCCCACUGUGUGCUGUAGGCUAUACUCUGAUCAGCGGUAACAUUAGCACCACCUCCUUGUUUCAACACUCACUGUUACCUAAUUUCAACAGCUUCACCGACCUCACAUCCUGUAUGUUUCUCUGCAUACUUUAUUAUUCUCCUUUCACCCUGUUCUUCAAUGGUCAGGACCACCACAGUGGUCAUUAUUAUGAUCCCACAUUUGGAGGGGUUAAACAUGGGUCCCAUCUGAGUUGUACACAGCUAUACAGUGUAGUAUGCAGAGAAACAGAAGAAAUGCAGUCUGUAAUUUCAAGUACAGUAGAGAACUACAAAGUUUUCAUAUAUUUUCAAUGGUUGUGGAAACAAGGAGGUGGUGUUAAUGUUUUAGAUGAUCGAUGUAUCAUUCACUAUUUUGCGCCCAGUGGGAGGUGCUGGUUCUCUGGGCAUAUUUACAGUGGUGGUGCUGAGGGGUUUUAUGGAGAGACACUCUGGAGAAAUUUGCAUGGGCUUACUAGCAAAGAGGCUACUAGGGUUACUGCAGCUAGCUGCUAAUCAUGGCAGCCACUGGAGAGAGAGAAACCAAGCAUAUAUCUACUUUAAAGCAGACAACACACUAACGCAAAUCUGAAAGUCAUACAAACUCUAGGCAGGCUUGAGAAUUAAAUCGAUGGUACGUUUAAUUUAAAGGGAAUCGGUCACUUAAAGAUGCUAGGCACCAGUUAGCAUGAUGUUAUUUGCUGGUACAAUGCUAACUUCUCAUCUUUUUUAUUAUUUUCUUUCCUUUUUGGGAGUGACCUAUUCCCUUAAGCUUAAGAACUCUUAUAGUUAUGCUGAGAUGCCUAUGUUUCAAGCUUAUUAGUUUUAUAACGGCAUCCAUGAGGGGUAUAGCUGUGAUGUUUUGCUAGCCAAAAUGCAUGCAAGUCCAAAUAGGGACCCUUUACAGUGGACAUGGCUCAUCCUGUUGUUCUGUAAACCUCACACUAAUAAGACUAAAACAACAGUGCUAUUGAUAGCAAAGCUGGAGUGGACGCUUGAUCUCCCAAAUGCUAAAAUAAGUAGAGGCAUUUUUUUGUAAAGAUACUAAAAGACAAAGGCUUGGUUUGACAUGUUUAGGGAAACAUUAUUUACUGUAUUGUGCAAUACAUUGUUACAGAAAAGACAUUGUUUCUGUAGGAAAAGGUUGGCGUGAUGAAGAAAAUGUUUUUUUUUUACUCUUUAAAGGUCCUGUUAUCAGUCUCUAGAUGAAGUGAACUGUGCCAGGAGAUUUUUGAUCACAUUUUUUUUCCUUGCAUGCUCUCCUCCCUCUUUUGCUGCCCCCUUUCUGUCCCUUACUGUGCGCUUCGUUGGAUAUGUGACGCUGUAAACAUUCUAAAUCAGGUUAUUGUCUGUGUUGAGAUACGUAUCUGUGUAAUUAAAAAACAGUGAAAUAUAAA